AUGGGUAGGUCGCUUCGGGUCGUUGUUGUUGGAGCUUUCACGAGUACGAAUUCAUUGUUGUCUUUGGAAGCUUUUAUUUGCGUCAUUUUUGGAGCUUUCAAUGUUGUUGUUUUGGAAGCUUUUACUAGUGUAGUUUGGUGUUGUCGUUUCUGGAAGCUUUCACUGCCUUCAAUAUUAUCGUUCUUUGAAGCUUUGUGUUGGUGUUAG